UCAUGUAGAUUCGGAGAUAAACAAUUGAAAUUUUAAUAAAUAUGCCCACGCAGUAGCGGCGGCCAUUUGGCAUUUUGGUGUUGUGCAGCAGCGAUGGGUCAGCAGGGUGCGGGGCGAGGGGAGCUACGCUCGUGGCAAACCAUGAACGAGGAUAGGGAGCGGUAUAAUUAUAGGGCGGGCAAUCCAACUGCCAAUAACUACGUUCCAUCCAUCUCCUCUGCCAGAAACCGCAGCUUCCGCGGCACGGGCAGGGGCCGUGUGGCCUCCGCCGCCACCGCCGCCGCACCGCCGGCCGCGCCCCGCGCGAGCGCACAGCCACCCCUGGGAAUGGUGCCGGGGUUUCCAGUCCGGCGUUCUGUGUCGCCUUGCGAUCGGAAUACGUUGCCUUUGGCCGCCUCCCGCCCCGCCCCGCGCCCCCGGCCCCCUCCCCUGUCGUAA